AUGAAGUCCAUCCUCAGGUGAGACAUGAUUUAACAUCCUUUAAGGUGGUAUAGACAGAAUUCUGUCAAAGAAGCUGUUUUUUGGUGGUGUAUAUAAAAAAAAUCUGUUAAUAUCAGUCAAUAGUUAUUAGUUAUUGAUUAUAUUUGGUAAUAUAUCGAUAUCUCUGUGUUCUCUUAUGUCUGUGUCGUCAACAUUUGAACAUUUUUGAGCGGUCCGCUCUUUCUGACUGUAAACAAAGCCGUUCUCCACCUCCUCUAACCUGAUUGGUUGUGAGGCAGACGCUGCUCCCCCGUGUCAUUCAGGAGCCCAAACAAAGUUAGCGUGCUACAAUAUCGGACAGUAGAAACCAACCAGAAAGUUCGGAAAAUUGUCUGAAUCCUCCUUUGGCCACGACUGCCGACACAAGCGAGAAAACAAAGUAAAUACCGGAGACUCUGGAGGAAUAACGGGCGCUUAAAACGGAGGUAGACCGGACAAGAGCUAAAAAGCCGGGUCAACAUAAACGAUGGGGGACGCUUGGGGAUCUUGGUGACCCUGUAACCUUUCUGCUGGACAGGUAAACCGCUUUAACAAAGUAAGACAAGUGUCUGUAACAGAAGUGUUUCUUGUCAAACGGACCUGCUGUAGCGUGUUGUAGCGCCAUCGCUAAACUGUCCUCCCUCGGGUCCUGGACUAUGUCACUUUAUCCUCGUUGUAGAAGUCCUGCAAACAUUGUGUUUGCUGGUAGUCUGUUGGCAUCUACAGUAGCACCAAUGCUUUUGACUUUCACCUUGACUGGGCCCCAUUUGUAAUGAUCUGAAGGAUUUAUCUGCAUUAUAUCAGAAUUUAAUUGGAACGAUACGAGCGAGCAGGAGCGUCUGUUUGUGGGCGGGGCUUGAGGGGAGAGGAGGAGCUGAGGGGAAAACUGGUUGGGAGGGGUAGAGUUUACAUUCAAGAUUUCUCCUAAACUAACUAACUAACUAACUCAGAUCCUGACUACACCACCUUUAACUGAGCAGAGUCUUCCUCCAUGUUUGUUUAACCUCCUCUUCCUCUGUGUCCGUCUGCGUCUCUCUGCUGUCUCUCCUCAGCAUCCCCAUAAGAGGCGUCUUUGAACCAAAAGCAAGCGAAGGGCCGGUGAUCUUCACCGCUGAUGGAGAGGAGGAGCAGGGUUGUUUGGAGGCCAGAUCAGCAGAUCUUUCUCUGUAUGUUCGUCAUGCUCAGAAAGACAUCUACCUACCUAUCCCCUCAGCCCAGCUCCAUGUGGGACCCUUGUUGAAUUCUCAAAGCAGAGAAACCAGACCUCCAUGCCCGUCCAUCAUCAUCUGGCUGAGAAGAAGUCGGGCUGCCUGCUCAUUCAUCAGGCCGCUCAUCUAA